GCGGCCGCGGGGCCGCGCUGAGGCCGGGCCGGGCCGGGCCGAGCAGAUCCGAGCCGGGCGGCCCCGAGCCGAGCCGAGCCGCCCCAGCCAUGCAGCCGCGCGCGGCCGCGGGCACAUGGGGCAGCCCCUGAAGCGCCGCCUCGACGUGCCCGGCGCGGUGCCCUCGGUGCUGCGGCGGCGGCUGCUGCUGCUGGGCGCCAUGCUCGGCCUCUGGCUCUGCCUCUUCUACUCGUGCGGCGGCUCCUGCGCCGGGCUGGCGGCCCCCGGGGGCUCCCCGGCGCCUCGGGGUCCGUCGGGGGGCGGCCCGCCCCCCCCCCCCCCCCCCGGGGGGCCCCCGGCCCCCCCCCCCCCCCCCCGCCCCGCCGACGGCACCGGCAGCAAGCGGCUGCCGCAGGCCGUCAUCAUCGGCGUGAAGAAGGGGGGGACGCGGGCGCUGCUGGAGUUCCUGCGGGUGCACCCCGACGUGCGCGCCGUCGGCGCCGAGCCCCAUUUCUUCGACCGCAACUACGAGCGGGGCCUCGCCUGGUACAGGGACCUCAUGCCCAGGACCCUGGAGGGGCAGAUCACCAUGGAGAAGACCCCCAGCUACUUCGUCACCAAGGAGGCCCCGGCCCGCAUCUCCUCCAUGUCCAAGGGCACGAAGCUCAUCGUGGUGGUGCGGGACCCCGUGACCAGAGCCAUCUCGGACUACACCCAGACGCUCUCCAAGAAGCCCGAUAUCCCCACCUUUGAGAGCCUGACCUUCAAAAACAGGACUACGGGCCUGAUCGACACCUCGUGGAGCGCCAUCCAGAUCGGCAUCUACGCCAAGCACCUGGAGAACUGGCUCCUCUACUUCCCCAUCGGGCAGAUCCUCUUCGUCAGCGGGGAGAGGCUGAUCAGCGACCCCGCGGGGGAGCUGGGCAGGGUCCAGGACUUUCUGGGCCUCAAGAGGAUCAUCACCGACAAACACUUCUACUUCAACAAAACCAAGGGCUUCCCCUGCCUGAAGAAGGCGGAGGGCAGCAGCAAACCCCACUGCCUGGGGAAAACGAAAGGCAGGACCCACCCCGACAUCGACCAGGAGGUGGUGCAGAGGCUGCGGGACUUCUACCGGCCUUUCAACAUGAAGUUCUACCAGAUGACGGGGCAGGACUUCGGCUGGGACUGAGGCUGGUGUGGGAAAGGCCGCUGUAAUUACUUGCCCAGCACGGUUUGCGUAUAUAAAGAGAUAUAUAUGUAUGUAAAAUGUACAGAAAUCUAUUUUAUAAUAAUUUAUUUUUAAUUCCUAAGCAAUUAAUUCACUAAGCUGCCUAACCGCACUGGCUAGAAUGGUAGCCCGUAACCUGUUUAACAUUCCACCCUGUUUAAUUCUAAUAUGUCUCUCCUUCCUUUUUUUUUUCCUCCCAUUUUCUCCUCUUUUUGGUUUGGUUUGUAACAGACGGUGCUUCCAUUUUUCCUAAAGAAUAUUUGUAUUUAAAAA